GCAGACUACUGAAAAUGCAAAUACUAACGUGUCGCCUUAAUUUUGUGUGAUUUAUAUUUAUUGAAAUACUAACUCUCGUGUUCAUUGGAGAGAGGCAAAGGAAUUCGGUGUUACGCAGCGAUUAUCAAAGUGCGAAGGCAUCAGCACCAGCAGUCUAAGUUAUUACACCAACUUUGUGCUGACGAAAGGAAAAACCGAUCGCCCAGUUUUGCAUUUAAUCUCGCCACCUAGUGUGGCAACUAAUCGAUUCAGUUUAGUAUUUAUUCCAUUUAUUUACACUCAGUGAUAUCAUACAAGUGAAAACAAAACGCGGACACGUACAGGCAUGGAAGUACUGGACAGCAGUGAACCGUUUUUACAGUGGGACCGAAAUCUUAGCGAAUUGUCAGAACCCGGUGAAAACGACAGUGUUCUGUACAGCACACAUUUCACUGAACUCCUCGAUGACCUGUCCCAGGAGGCUUUGCUGGGCCAGUUGCUCAGCGACCCUUUCUUGCCGGGUCGUGGAGACGCGAUGGAAGCAGAGGAGGAGUUGAUCCCUGCCUCCCCUGUGCCCCCCCACAUUCAGGCUGAGCACAGCUAUUCUCUGAGUGGAGACUCCCGCCCACAGUCUCCCCUAUCACACCUGCCUGGAGAACCAGGCAGCGAUGCCGGGGACUCAGAUGGGGAUGACUGGCCUAUGGAGCAGGAGAAGAAAAGCCUUAAGAUAGAACCGCUGCUGUGUGACCCUCCCAGCCUCCUACCAACACUGGCCCUGACUGAGGGCGCCACAGUCACAGAACCUGUUACCACAGCAACUAACACGCUUACCUUAUCCCAGGCCACGCAGGUGACAGUUGUCAAGGUUAAGGAGGACAGUGAGAACUUCAGACCCCAGAUUAAACUGGAACCACAUGAGGUGGAUCAGUUCCUCAACCUGUCCCCCAAAAGUAUGGAGCCUCUGCAGAUGCCACCGACCCCACCAAGCUCCCAUGGCAGUGACUCAGAGGGUAGCCAGAGCCCUGUGCAUCCCUGUGCUCCUGCCAGCCCAGCACAGACCACCGCUGUCCUCAAGGUGGCACCGCGUGCCCCUUCCUCUCUGUCUAACUCCCCCCUGCUCACAGCACCACAUAAGCUGCAGGGCUCUGGUCCUCUCUUGCUGACUGAGGAGGAGAGGCGUACGCUCAUUGCUGAGGGAUAUCCCGUCCCCACCAAACUGCCCCUGUCCAAGGCUGAGGAGAAAGCCCUCAAGAAGAUCCGCAGAAAGAUCAAGAACAAGAUAUCCGCACAAGAGAGUCGCAGGAAGAAGAAAGAGUACAUGGAUGCCCUGGAGAAAAAGGUAGAGACAUGCUCCAACGAGAACAGUGAGCUUCGCAGGAAAGUGGAGACUCUGGAGUGUACCAACAAGUCUCUGCUGCAGCAGCUGCACUCCCUGCAGGCAGUAGUGGCAGGAAAGGUGCCUCGCUCCUGCCGGGUGACAGGAACCCAAACCUCCACAUGCCUCAUGGUGGUAGUGCUGUGUUUUGCCGUGUUCCUGGGCAGUUUUUAUCAGGGUUUGAGUCCCUGCUCAACCAUUACCAAAACCAGCUUAUCCAGAGAACUCACCAUGGAGGAGUCCUACACAGCCACAGUGAAGUCCAGGUCAUUAUUGGGCUUUGAUGAGCACGGGGGUGUGGAUGAACCCCACCCCUCUGGGCUGGGUGGGGAGUAUCCUGAUUGGGACAGACAUGCUGAUGUCAUGGCAACCUGGCGCUUGGAACAGCAGCGCAGACAGGAAGAGGUGGAGUCACAUGCAACAGAGUCCCGCCCACCAUUCAUCAGUAGCAAUGACACACAAGUGCAGAAACCAAUCCUUAUAGACCUGCACUCACACAGGUCAGCAGAGCUGAGGUCAAAUGAGACCACAAAAGUGGUUGAACUAGAGAGGACAGUGAACGAGACGUCCUGAUCGGGGGGUCUGACCAUGCCCCCUCCCCACACCACCCUACCCCCCAUCUUAAACACCACCCCACCCCACCGUGACCCAAGCCCCCCCCCUGCUGCGACAGGGGCCUUAGACUCCCCUUCUGUAUUUAUAGAUUCCAUUUGAGGAUUCUUUUACUUACGUAGAUGUCCUUUUUUUUACAAAAAAAAAAAAAAAAGAAGAGGAAAAAACAUAUAUUUUAUUCCAUUCCAACAUUAUAUCACGUUUUGAUACUUUAUUUUAUGAGAACACGUUUUUUCUUUUUUUUUUCCUA